AGAGCGGGGUCAAGCAUGCAAUGAGUAUUUGAACUCGCGUGCCCCCUCUGACAUUCUGUGUACCUUCAUCAUCAUCUGUCUUCAUUCCAUCCAUACCAAAACUAUCAACACGAGUUCAAAUUAAGAUGCUGGCCCCACAACAUCAAGCCAAGGUCGAACGUAUCGAGGCAAUCCUUCAUUACAAGACUCGAAAGCCCGAGAAAGCGUACAUCUGGGAAGCUCUGCAAGUGGCUGGAUCUGGCCACAACAUGAUUGGUGGACGCAACGUCCCCGUCGGAAACAAAAGGCUUGCUCUGCCAGGUGAUGCUGUGAUGCCUGUCCCCAUGAUCGAGCAUUGGUACAAUCAAGGCGGUGCCCUCGUCGACUGGGAUAGAGUGAGGCAACACCACUUGUCAGAUGGCAACCUGGCCAGAGUCGCAAUCGCCACCGGUCUCACUGCCGAGAUCAAUUGCAACCCCCGCCAGAUCGUCCAGCCGUCUGUGAGAAUGGCCGCGAAUCUUCUGGAAGCCCUCAUCGGUGCCGUCUGGCUCGACUCUGAUGGAGACAUGGAAGCCAUCAAGACAGUCAUGUUCGCUCUCGGCUUUGGCGAUGUCGUCGACCCAGCCGACCCUGAGCCCCAAAACCAGGCCUGACUGUCGACAUGCCAAUCCCACAUCUGCCCACACGCGUCGGACGCGGACGAGAUCGACCAAGAGGUGCCACACAUGAGGAAUCUUGGAUUGGAUUGCGCGCAAGGCUCCGGUU